AUGUCAAUAUGUGCAUCCUCCUCGGCCAUCGUGGUUGGCACGGUGAGCGGGUACCAUCUGCUCAAGAUCGACUCUUACUCGCGAAUCAGGGAUCUGAUCCCCUCAGGUACAUGGACCAAAUCGCUUGACUUCCGCGUGGGAUACUAUACAGCUCAUAUCGAAUACUACCCCAACAGCCACUACAUAUCUCUCAGACUCAUUAUUGACAUCGGUAAUUAUAUUCUCAACCACAAGAGGGGACAGGUUCAGUUCAGUCUGCUUGAUAAGUCAGGGAAGCCAGUUCCUGGUCGUACCGAAACCAUCACCACCGACUUACCUGAUACUAACCGGCAGCGCUUCACCUUCUCAGCUCAUUUGCCCCAAAGGGAAGACUGGGAGCAAUGGGUGCUCCUGAACGGCGACUGCUUUACAAUCAGGUGCGACUUCACGCUCAUGGAGGCUCCCAGCGCUACUACUCCGGUCCAACUCGAUCUUGCCGCGCCAGCGCCAGCGCCGCCGUCCGACCUGCACCGGCACUUGGGCGCUCUGCUCCUCGGCGGAGAGGGCGCGGACGUGACGUUCCAUGUGGGCCAAGAGUCGUUCCACGCGCACAGAUGCGUGCUGGCGUCACGGUCGCUCGUCUUCAAGGCGGAGUUCUUCGGCGCCAUGACCAUGAAGGAGGGCAGCCCCCAAGGCCAAGCACGAGGUGCCGCGGUGCCCGUGGAUGGCGUGGAAGCGCAGGCGUUCGGGGCUUUCCUCCACUUCGUAUACACGGAUGCGCUGCCGGACAUCAGCCACGAAGAGGAGACUUGGAUGGCUCAGCAUCUGCUUGUGCUGGCGGAUCGGUAUGACAUGGAGAGGUUAAAGCUGAUAUGCCAAGGGAAGCUGCGCAACAGGAUUGAUGUCAGCUCCGUCGCCACCACGCUCGCUUUAGCUGAGCAGCACCACUGCCACGGCCUCAAGGAGGCCUGCUUGGAUUUUCUCGAGCUCCCUGGGAACCUAAGAACAGUCGUCUCCACUCAUGGCUUCGACCAUCUAGCCACAAGCUGCCCCGCCGUUCUAAGGGAGAUUAUCGCAAAACUUGCCGCGCUUUGAUUUCCCUCACUGCGGCAAGUUGCCUCCGUCAGGAUUUAAUUUUCAACAUCCUUUGGACAAGAGUGUAGCUAGCAUCGGGGUAUCUCCUAUAUAUUGUAUAUCAGUUGCAUGGCUACGAAAAAAGCUUGAGAAUAGACCUACAUCGCGACCA